CAGCCAGAACAUUGCUGUCCGUCCUGGGCUCUGUGUCCCUGUCAGGUAUGCAGCUGCACCACUGAACAUACAGAAUGUUUAACUGGGUGGUGAAAGUGGUUCCUCAGCCCCCUGACGCCCCUGGCUCUCUGGGACAGGAGACAGCCAAUCCCGUACCUGCAGCACCACAAAAAGUGUCUAAAGAUGAAGUCAGAAAAGAAGUCAAUGCAAAACCAGCCAAACAGAAGGAAGAGGAUAAUUCAGAGGACAACGGUAUUCAGAGUCAGAGUGGAGUGAUGACCUGGCUCUCCAAUGGCUUUACUAGUGCUCUGCCUCAACCAACAGGCACCCCUAACCUCAGCAGAUCUAACUCUGUAUCCAGGUCACUGCAGGAGGUACAAAGAGAGGACGAAAGGAAUGGGGUGAUAAAGUGGAUUGCAGAGGGACUGAGCAAAGUGGUGCCCCAGCCGGAUGACAAGUACAGAGAGGAUAUUCGAGAGGAGGAGGAGGAGGUGACAGAGACGCAUGAAGAGUAUAUCGCAGAGCCAUGUGUUUAUAACAUGAAAGAUGUGCCAGACGCAGAGCCCCUGCCACAUAUACCUGUGGUGGAGAUAUUUUCAGACGACGAGGAAGAGGAUCGGGUACCACAGUUCCCCCACAAAGUGGUUAACUGGAUUAAGAACGCUAUUCCUCAGCCUGUGAUGCUCCCUGCAGGUUACGUAGAGGCCCAGUGUAAGGCCCAACAGGCCCAAAGCAAGAGGUCAUCUCUUGACAAAGUUUUGUCGCCACCUCCUGAGUCUCUCAAAGGUGACGAGGACUCACAAAACUCGAAUGUCGUGGGCUGGUUUGUGAUGGGCCUCGGCCUCAAGAUGCCACAGCAUGUUGCGAGAUCAAGAGAUGAUGUUGAAGUUCUGCAGAAUGUCUCUAAACAACCCAAAGCAGUGGACCUGGUUCUGGAGGAAGUAGUGGAAGCAGACUUGAAGGAUCUGAAUCAGGAGGUGCCAUCCAAGGCUGUGCAGUCAGAACCACCACAGCCUUUUAAGCCCACGCAGACGACACAGCCAACACAGACGACUCAGUCACAGCCGGCACAGCCAAAACAACCAGUGAAACCAGAAGAGCCUGAACAGACUCUUCCAAAUGUGCCAGAGUCUACAACAGCGUCGCUGGAGGAUGCUGAGACUCAGACGGGCAGGUGGACACCAUUCAUAGAGAGCAUCAAGAGAGAGGCUGAGGGCAUAGUUAUGGCUAACAUGGAGGAACGGAUGACCCAGGAGCGCGUGGAUUUGGUGCGAAUGGCGGAGGAGGUGGCCAGACACACAGCUGAGAUGACCAUCAGGCAGAUGCAAGAGGCCCAAUCAAUCAAGCUUUCCAUUCACAGCCAGGAAGCCAUUCUGGAGGAAGAUGAGGACCCAGAGUUACACAUGCUACGGGAGGAGGAGAGUGAGGUGGAGCACACUAAGAAUAAGAUGACAGAGUGCCAGGUGUGUCCUGCUAAGGAGGAGCCAGUGGAGGCUGCAAAGAGUGCCCCUCAGUCAGAGCGCGACUUUGCUUCACCCGACGAUGAACCAGAGCCCCAGGAGGAGCUAGAGUCCAAGAGCGCCUCUCCAUCUCCUCCUCCCAGCCCAGAACCAGAUCCAGUCAAGACAGCAGAGCCUGAACCUAAACUAAAGGCCCAGGACGCCAAAGUAGCACCUGAACCGGUGACCCAACAACCACAGAAAGCAAAGGGGGCAGAGGACAGAACCAAACCUGACACCACUACCAAGGAGGAGGGGGAGACUGCAGAGGAGGGUGGCUGUGGUGCGAGCUCCAGGCUCAGUGUGCACCCUGCUGUCAAUGUGGAGGACGUGGAUUCAGGCGGAGGGGGGCACCAUCGACACAUUCCCCAAAUCCUCACCCCCCAGGACCCCAACCUCAAGACCCUGACCGUACCCAGAGUAUCCAAAGCCAGCCGCCAGAGCAAAGUUUCUGAUAAAGAAAAGAACCUGCACUCUCAGAGUGAGGAUGAUGAAGAGGAGACUGAGACCGCAGUGAGGGCGUGGCCUAGCCAGUCCAGCAUCCUCAGUGGAGACGAUGGGCUAAAGGAGCGCCCUGCGUCGUCCGCUAGCCAGACCAGCUACAUGGUGAAUGAGCGCCUACAGAAACUGGUCAAGAUGUUUAAGGAGAGGACAGAGAGGGCCAAAGAGAAACUCAUAGACCCAGAUCACUCUGAUGAUGACAGUCCCACUGCCUCCCCUGCGAGAUCUCCAACACCAACUCCUGCGCCUCCAGAGGAGCCGGAGGAGGAAGCACAACCAGCCUCCCCUGAGAGGGAGGACGAGGAGCAGCAACAGCAACCCCAGUCUAGACUGUGGUGCAAGGUGACACCUCCUCGCUGGAUCAGAGCCCUGCUGCACUACCGCUUCCCCGCUAGCAUCGACCCCUUCACCAAUCUGGUCUAUGUGCUGUGGCUAUUUAUCGUCACCUUGGCGUGGAACUGGAACGUGUGGCUGAUCCCGAUGCGCUGGGCCUUCCCCUACCAGACCCCUAGUAACAUCUACCGGUGGCUGCUCGCUGACUACCUGUGUGACCUCAUCUACAUCCUGGACAUCCUGGUCUUCCAGCCCCGCCUGCAGUUUGUCCGCGGUGGAGACAUAGUGUUUGACAAAAAAGACAUGCGAAAGAAUUACAUGAAAACCUUCCGGUUCAAGAUGGAUGUCAUCAGUCUUGUGCCACUGGAGUUGUUCUAUUUUAAAACUGGAAUCAACCCACUCCUCCGCUUCCCACGGCUACUAAAGAUAAUGUCUUUCUUCGAGUUCAACGACCGUCUUGAGGCCAUCCUGACCAAAGCCUAUGUUUACAGAGUGAUCCGGACCACCACCUACCUGCUGUACUGCCUCCACUGUAAUGCCUGUCUGUUCUACUGGAUCUCUGCGUAUGAAGGUCUGGGCUCCACGAAGUGGGUCUAUGAUGGAAAGGGCAACAGUUACAUCCGCUGCUACUACUUUGCUGUGAAGACUCUGAUCACCAUUGGUGGACUGCCGGAACCCACAAAGCUCUUUGAAAUCAUCUUUCAGCUCAUCAACUACUUUGUAGGAGUGUUUGCCUUUUCCAUCAUGAUUGGACAGAUGAGAGAUGUGGUUGGUGCAGCCACUUCAGGACAGGCAUACUACAGAGCAUGCAUGGACAACACUGUCAAAUACAUGGCCUCCUACCAUAUUCCCAAAGACGUGCAGAACCGGGUCAAAACCUGGUACAACUACACCUGGCAGUCCCAGGGCAUGCUGGAUGAACAGGAGCUUCUGGUCCAGCUCCCAGACAAGAUGAGGCUGGACAUCGCUGUGGAUGUCAAUUAUGACAUCGUCAGUAAAGUCUCUCUCUUCCAGGGUUGUGAUAGACAGAUGAUCUUUGACAUGUUGAAGAGUCUGAGGUCUGUUGUUUACCUCCCAGGGGACUAUGUCUGCAAAAAGGGCGAGGUUGGACGGGAGAUGUACAUCAUCAAGGCCGGGGAGGUGCAGGUGGUGGGCGGGCCAGACGGGAAGACUGUGUUUGUCACGCUGAGGUCGGGGUCAGUGUUUGGGGAAAUCAGCUUGCUUGCAGUGGGUGGAGGAAACAGGAGAACAGCGAACGUGGUGGCUCAUGGCUUCGCCAACAUGUUCAUCCUGGACAAGAAGGACCUCAAUGAGAUUCUAGUGCAUUACCCCGAGUCUCAGAAGCUGCUCCGCAAGAAGGCCAGGAAGAUGCUGACAAAAGACAAGAAGCCGGAGCCUCCGAAGGAGCCAGCCCAGGUGAUCCCUCCUCGGACAGAGACACCCAAGCUACUCGUUGCUGUUCUGGAGAUGGCUCAUCAGAAAACAGGCCUCAAAAGGACCCUCGCCAAGAUAAAGGAGAACACCAACAAAUCCAGCGUUUCUCUACAGCCCUCAAUGUCCUCCUCCCUGACUCCCCUGUCCCCAGUCUCUCCUGUCUCCAGUCUGGACCCAGAGCACAAGACUGGCACCAUGUCCCCAACCUCAGACAGCUCCACGUCGCUCUGCCCCGCCUCCCAUUGUCACAGAGAUGAGACGCUGUCCAAGGAGCAGGACAACGUGGAGGAAGAAGAGGCAGGAGAGAGUGGGAAGAGGAAAGAAAAGCGAAAGCCAUGAGUUGUCUCCAAAAGCUUUAAGAGCUGUCUUCAUGUGGAGAAAGGGAUGCAGUCGUUUAUCCCUCUGUACUCUGUUGCAGAGAGGGAGACCAGAGAGAAGAGCCAUGGGUCCUAAAGAUCAUCCAAUUACGUCAUCCAAUUAUGUCUCAGGAGUCACAGAGUCACAGUUCCUGUUCCAUUAUACCUAUAGACUCUUUUUUUUUACCUCACUGACUAUUUUAUCCCCUUGAUACUAAUGUAUAGGGCCUAGGCUACCUAAUUCCAUAGGGAUGGCAAACGGGUGCUAAACUGAUGUCUUUGUGUUUACAAUCCCAGGGGUAAAUGUACCGAUCAGCAAUAAUUGACACAGACACCAUCUCGUUAGGGGGAUAACAAAGCAGUCACACAGGGUAUAGCUGUGUGUGUGAGGAGUGUGUGUGUGUG